AUGAGCAAGGCCCCGCUGCCGUUGGUGAUUUGCACCCCAGAGUUGAGGGAGAAGCCGUCGUGGUGGCAGACGUCGAUGGAGGUGGACGGGACGGGGGUGUUGCCUAGCACGUCAAGGCUGGAGAAGUCGGUAGUCGGGGAGGAGGUCGGGACUGGCUCGUUGUUGUGCGCUAGGGGGGCGCCGCCUUUGGAGAGGGUGCGGGAGGGGGAGGAGAAGAAGCAAGCGGCGGAUAUCCUGGGAGUUGUUGUGAAGGAGCUGAGGAGGGAUGGUCUGGAGGUGGUGAUGCGACGGAGAGUGGUGAGCCUUCGCGCGGGGGCGGAAAGGGGUAUGGAGGGUGAGAACGUCGCCAUUGUGCCAAAACCCGGGCUGUACGUGUACGGCAUGCAGCCCUUUUCCCGUGAACACCGAAGCAAUGAGACCAUCAAACUAGCACCGUCCGCCCAGACCUAACCCGAGUAAAAGAUUGUCGCAUUUAUUUCUUCUUGUCGGCGGCGGUCUGCUCCUUCAGCACCUUCUUGACGAUCUUCUGCUCCUCAAUGAGGAAAGCACGAACAAUACGGUCACGGACGCAGUUGCCGCAUCUUGAGCCACCAUACGCGCGCUGGACGGUCUUCUUGGGCUUGGAGAUCUGGGCAUACUCCUUGGGGCGGAGGGCGGGGAUCUGUAAAUCAGUCCUGUCAGUAUUUCAUCCGUCUUUGCUACAAGAUCCCCUGCAACACAAACGAAUCCGCCCUCAAAUUUCCCUUCGUCGGUUUCGUGGCUUGUUGGCGGGCCUCGGGUGGUGUGUUGAAAAGUAAAUUGAGGUAUGAAGUCGAAAUGCAGCACAGGAGUUGCGUUUGUUGGAGAUGCUCAAGUCGGGGUCGAAUCGUUACGGGCGUCGUUCGUCAUGCGAAGUUUGUAUUGAAUAAUUCAAAAGGUCGAUGGAAUCGUGGUUUGCCGCUCUGCCCAAUUUCCCUUUCUCGAACCAUUCCUUUCCCCAUUCGUGUAGCACUAAAGAUUCGAAUAAAACUUACACCAGGGAGUUUGAUGCCGCAGUCGCCACACUUGGGGGCAGUGCCGCGCUUCUUGAUGUGAAGAACACGGAGCUCACCACCGGGAGUCUUGACAACCCGCGUCCGGUUGGACGAGGUGUUGUAGCUGCAAAGAGAAGCUCGAGUCAGCCAAAUUAUUCUUCCCCGAUUUCCAGGUCCACGGUCGGGACAAGACGAAUUGAUUCGGGGCGACUCACGGGUUCCGGCGACGGUAGGUGACUCUGUUGUUGGCCAUUGUUGCGGUGAUGUCGCUGUCGUGAUGUUUCCGUCGACU